AUGAAAUUUAUGAUAGUAAUUCUACUUAUCUUUAGUGCAUUUGCCACAAAUGUAGAAGAAAUGAAGAGUCAACUUAUUAAAGGAAAAAAAGAGGUUAUAGAUCUAAGAAAAAAACUUAUGAACUCAUUAGAAAUAAAUGAAAAAGAAAUCAAAAAUAUGGGAUUUGGUGCUAUAAAUGACAAAAAUAUGACUGUAGAUAUGAAGUGCCUCAGUAAACCAGAAAAUAAAGCACUUCAUUAUGCUAGAAAGGCUGUCGAAAUAGCAGAAGACAUGGCUGAGCGUAAAGCAGAAAAACUCUUCAAACCAUAUGAAGAAAUUAAAAUCCAAUUAUUUAUUGAGUCGGUUAGAAGAAAGGUAUAUUUCACUACAACAACCCUGUUGAUGAAUAAAUUAAAUGGAAAAGAUUUCACUAAAAAAGAAGCUAAAAUACUUAUUCGAGAAGUUGCUAAGAAAGUUGUUAAAAAAGCUAAAAGACACGACGCUGUUGAUGAGUACUUAGUAUUAGAAAAAGCUGAAGACGAAGAGACUAAAAAAAAAUUAAUUGCAAUUUAUACCAAAGAAGACCUUAGUGAUCAACUAAAGUUUAAUAAAAUCAAUGCCCUCAUAUAUUCAUAUGAGUUACAAAAAGCUAAACGUGAUAUUCCAAUUCAGAGACAAGCACUAAAACAAGCUACCAUUAAAGAAGAAGUUAAGUUACAUGGAAAUAAAUUAGUUGACAGUGUUGAGAGAGUAGAGAAGAGUGUCAAGGCAUUAAACAAGAUUGAAAAAGAGAUUAAAGUUCAAGAGAAACAAAUCAAAGCUGCUCAGAAACAACAAAAAAAAUCUGAAAAGAAGAUAGAGAAGAUUCGUCAAAUGAAGAAGAAAGAAGAGAAGGUUGAAAAGAUGAUGGAUAAUUUAGAUAAACCUAACUGUAUUCUUAAUAACCAAACCCAUAUAAAUAACUCUACUAAUUCAUUUACUAAUACAACACAUGUAAACAAUUCCACUCAGUCAUCUAUUAAUAUAACACAAAUUAAUAAUUCUACUAAUCCACCUACAAACAUAACACAGAUUAAUAAUUCUACUAAAUUAUUUACUACUAAUACAACACACGUAAACAAUUCUACUAAGUUAUCAACUAACAUUACUCUUCCAAUUAAUACAAAUCUUACUAAAGUUAAUAAUAGAACUAUUGAAACUAAAACUAAUCAAACUAAUACAGACAUUAAAAAAGUAAAUACUACAAUUCCUAUCCCAGAACCUGUUAAUCAUAAUCUAACUCCAGAACAAAAAGCUCGUGCUAUUCAUCCAACAGAAAGUUACAGUAAAUUUAAUAAAAAAAGUAGUAAGAAAACAAUAAAUAAAGAAGAAGUCAAAAAAAAAGAUACAAAUACUAAAAAACGAAAUAAUAAAAAGGUUAGUCCAAAGAAAGAAAGUAAUUCACAACCAAAAAAUAACAAGAACAAAACUCUUGGAAUAACUAAAUUUAUUAAGGGAGUUUCUAAGGCCACUCAUAAACUUGCAAAAAAAGCAGAAAACCGAGUAAGUAAAGUUGUUAAAAAAAUUGCAGGAACUUCGAAACAAACAACAAAAAAAGACGAUAUUAAGAAAAAACAAUUAAAACAAUUAAAGAAAUCAGAAAAAAUAGUUAAAAAAACUGAAAAAAAACAAUUAAAGAAAGCAAAUAAAGCAAUUCAAAAAGCAGAAAAAAAAGGACGUAAAAUGAUCAAAAAAGCUGCUACAAUAGCAGGUAUUAAAGCUGGAAUUCAAGCACAAAAACAAGGACUUGGUUUUGUCAAAACAGCUCGUGUUGUUGCUAACGCUCAAAUCAAAGCAGUAAAUAAAGCCCAAAAGAAAGUUGAAAAAAAGAUUAAAAAAGUUACUAAAAAACAUGCUAUCAAAGGAAAAGUUGUUGUUGACCGCGUUGCACAAAAAGAAGUGAUAAAAGUUAAUGCUAUUGCUAAGAAACAAAAAUAA